GCCGGGCCGGGGGCGCCGCCGGGGCUCGCGCCCUGCGCUGCUCGGCCGCCGCGGGCCCGGGCGCCCGGCAUGUCGGUGCACUACACGCUCAACCUGCGCGUCUUCUGGCCCCUGGUGACCGGCCUGUGCACCGCCCUCGUGUGCCUCUACCACGUCCUGCGCGGGAGCGGGGGCGCCCGGGCCGAGGCCCCCGACGGCGCGGACGGCGGCUUCCCGCUGCUCAAAGCGGCUGCCCUGCUCCUCCUCGGCUACGUCCUCCUGCGCUGUCGCCACGCCGUCCGGCAGCGCUUUCUGCCCACGUCUCCCCGUCUGGGGGGCCACUCCGCCUGCGCCCCACGACCCUUGCAAGAGCCGGGCCUCAGCAUCUUGCUGGAGAGUUACUACGAGCACGAGGUGCGCCUGUCCCCGCACGUGCUGGGCCACAGCAAGGCGCACGUGAGCCGGAUCGUGGGCGAGCUGGUGCGGGCUGGCCGCGCCCGGGGGUCCCCAGGCCCCAUCCCAGGGGGAGCACUGGCCUUGGCCUUCCGCGGAGACUUCAUCCAGGUGGGCAGCGCCUAUGAGCAGCAUAAAAUCCGCCGGCCCGACGGCUUUGACGUGCUGGUGCCGCUGCGCCUUCCGCCACUGGUGGCGCUGGAGCCGCGGAGCCUGGGCACCGAGCCAGCGCUGGCCCCCGCGUUCAGCGGCUGCUUCGUUUGCGCCCUCAAGGCGCCACCCUCGCCAUCGCCGUCGGGGGCCUCAGGGGGCCACUGGCUUAGGGAGUGCAAACCCUUCGCUGAUGGCUUCUGCGUGGAUGUGCGCGGGCGGCGCCACCUCUCUGCCACUCUGGUGCUGCGCUGGUUCCAGUCGCACCUGCAGCGCUCCCUGGCCACCGUGCGCUACAGCCUGGAGGGGCGCUGUCGGGUCAGCCUGACCCCAGGCGGCCUCGAGCAGCCCCCCACUCUACACAUCCUGCCCUGCCGCACGGACUACGGCUGCUGCCGCCUUUCCAUGGCGGUGCGUCUCAUCCCUGCCGUCCAUCUGGGAGACGGGGUCUUCCUCGUGGCACCAGCACCGCAGCCCUUGCCCAUUGGGCCCCUGUCGGAGUUCCCGGAGGGCCUGCGCACAGAGGCACUGUGGGGUGUGAACACAGCGCGCCAGGAGCAGAAGCUACUCAGCUGGCUGCAGGAACGGGCGCCUCCGGGUGCCUGCUACCUCAAGUGCUUGCAGUUGCUUAAGGCUCUGCGAGACCUGGGCGCCCGUGGGCUGGAUCCAGCGGCUGCCACCCAGUGGGGACGCAUCCUGUCCUCAUACGUGCUCAAGACAGUGCUGCUGGCGGUGCUGCUGCGCAAGGGGUCCGCUGCACAGGGCUGGGAUGAGGCACACCUAGGCGAGUGCUUGGAGGAGUUGGUGCAGUUCCUCAGGGACUGCCUGUUGCGACGUCAUACGCUCUUCCACUGCGUCCUGGGCCCUGGUGGGGCUGUCGCUGAGGUGGGCCCCCUGCCCAAGGUGCUGCGUGAAGCCACCCCAGUGGACCUCCUGGCCGCUUUCGACGGGCACUCCCGGCAACUGGCAGCAGCGCGGUUGCUGUCCACGUGGCGGAGGCUACCCCAGCUUCUCCGGGCCUAUGGGGGUCCCCGCUACCUUGCCAGGUGCCCUCCACCCCGGAGUCAGCGCACCCAGGGGUUCCCUGAAGGGGAACCAUAAACCCUGCAGCACCCCCACCUGGCCAAAUGCUCCUAAAUCCUCUCCCACCGAGUGGGGGUGGGCAUGGCAAUGAAGCCAGUUAAGUGCAAGGUUGCAGAAGGCAUUAGAAAAUUUGGAAGAUGCCACAAGCUUUGGUAGCUUAAAUGUCACCCCCAUCUGACAAUCCUGUAUACUUAUUGCAUCUUCUUCACACCCACUCGUGUGUCGUGGGCAAGCUAUGGAAAACUGUGGAAAGGCUCUGGGCAAGCUAUGCAACCGCAGCCUCUAAGAGUUGGUCCAAAUGUUGGUUUGUGUGGAAUGAUUCUGUAGAAGGAUCUAGCUUUUAGGCAAGUCCAGUGGAGGAAGCGAAAACUAGCCACAGGGAAAGUUCCUUCUCUCAGUUUUUAGGCACAGAUCUCUCUGCCCAAAAACUUUUUUAAAAUGAAUGUUUUUGACGUAACUACUUGCAAGGUACUUGGUUCCAGGUUGUCUUAAAAAAAACAAAACCUGAAUUGUUAUCCUUUAUCCACAAUUGGAAUUAAAGUUCUAUUCUAGGGGUUAAUGUUCUCAGGAACAUCAUUUCGACUAUUCAAAUUAAUAUUAAUGUAUUUUUCAAAUGGUGCAAUCACAGGUGUUUGACAGGAUUGUCAAAAAUUAAGUCACACGCGUCAAGAGGCAAUCAAGAGUCGGCUAGAGACACUCCCAGAGCAAAUAGCACUUUAUUUUGAUCCAUUCUCUCCUUUUGUGGUAAUUGCUAGCACCAAAUGUUGCAUCUGAAAGGGAAGCCAGUUACAUUUAUUAUUAAGAAAUGUGCAGCCUUGAGAAACAGCCAGCAUGCUUGCUUAACAUCCCUGCAGGCAGAAGCUAGGCUGUAUACCAGUCAGUCAACACCAGUUCAUUGAGCGCCUACUGUGUGUGAGCCAGGCACAGUGCAAAGUAGCCAUGAAACACAUGCUCAAGACAGCACUGGGUCAGGGCGUAAAACAUGUUGGGUCUGGAGAAAGAUGUGUUUUAGGCUUUGCCUAUAAAGGUGUUUCUCCAGGGCUUCCUGCCGGGCUAGAAGCAGAAACCUUUUUUGUUGUAAGGCUUUUUAGCAAACUCCUUUGCAAAGAGGUUUCUUUCUGAGCAUAAUGAGCUGAUAAUGGAAAGGAAAUGCCUGCUGCAGUGCCUAGCCUGUAGUUAGCUGCUCUCAGUCAAUGCUAGGGAUGAUUUGUGUUUGGAAGGUUCUUCUCCUUGCCCAGGGGGCCUUCUGUGGUCCCAUGAGGCUAACUUUGAGCUGUUGACUCAGCACAGGUCUUAAGAAACAUUUCACUUACAGUUCAGUGUCUUGGGCUUUGUGCUUGAAGAUAGUCACUCUGGUCAGUGGGCAGAGGGGGCAGUCCCUGCUGGCAGUCUGCUCUUUUUUCUCUUUGCAUAAAUAUCAUUGAGUUGGGUAUAUUUUGUAGUGGCAGGAGUCCAUUCUGGAAUCAUUCCUGUCCUCCCAAAUUUCUAACGGCCCUCAACUGCAGUUCAGAAUGGUCCAUGAUCUGCUUGCCUGAUUGGAAAUGCAGCCAGUCCCAGUGUUACUGGAAUUUUUAAAAAACAAAAAAACAAAACAAAGACGUGUACUUCCUUAGACUCAUAAUAGUAUAACUUGGAAGACAGAAAUAGCUAUGUGAAUAGGACCAUUGUUUAAUUUCUGAGCUGCCUUGAGGGAUCGCUAUAAACCUUUCUUUGGGGGGACUCAUUGGGUCACUGUGGGAAAUCAUUGUGAAUAAAUGAUUUACAGGGAAUUCUUCUCAUCAGAGCUGCAUAGGCUUCUUAUAUGUAUCCUUUGCAACCUUGGCCUGAAAGAGAAACAGCUGCAAAUGUGCUGUUUCUUUGAGGUCAUCUUGGGGAUGACGGUUCCCCACAAAGGUCAUUCCUAGCUUUAGAGGUCAGUGUUAGGUCAUAAGGUACUGCGCUGAGCUAACGGAUCAGUCCAGCAACUUCCCGCGUAGAAACUGCACACUAUUUUUUUAAAUUAGUUUUUAAAAUAAAUGCCAAGAAUAGAUUUUUUAUGUAUACAUAUAUAUUUUUUUCCAUACUUAGCCACAAUUUCCCCUGUACUCAUAGGAGUGGGGGACAGUGAGGCUAUUGGAAGGAUUAUAAAGCUUUAAAGCUGAGUUUUCCAAAUAUUUCUAGCUGAGUCAAUGGUUUCCUUUUUUAAAAAAUAGUAUUUUGAAGUAUAAGUCUGGUAACAUACUGUUCUUGUAGUUUUCUUGUUUGUUUGUUCGUUUGUUUUUUUAGGUUAAUUACCCAAAGCCUCUUCCAUCCUCAAGGUUUUUAAAUUUUAUUUUUUUAAAUUAAUGGGGCAUUGUAUUUGUGAAUUUUUAAAAAUAUUGAUGUUUUAUUUAAAUGCCAUGCUGAGCAAUUGUUCUCUGUACAUGGUAACCAAAACUUGGAGAUUUCGAUCAAUUUUGAUCAAUGUUUAGUAAACCAAAACCUGUACUGUGUACAUAGGAAAUAAUAUGGCGCAUCAGCCAGGGGUGAUGGUUGCCCAGGGCACUUGACUGAAGCUCAGUUCUGCAUUUUAUUUGGGCUCCGUCGUGUCCUCUCAUGGGAAAUGUGCACACUUUUGGUGUAUGCCUGGUACUGGAGACUCAUGCGUGCACAUAUUCUCAUACAAGCGGACACAGCAGCCACGCCGGUUGCCUGGCCAGUGCCCGAAGGAAAUGUUUUUGGGGAAAGUGAUUCAGCCGUCGUGUGGCGAGACACCCUUCAGUAACGCCCACUGGCCAGUCUUGGGAGCCUUCCUGGAAUGCUCGUGGGCCGAGAGAUGUUUUUUGCAAAUUGAAACUGAAGCUGAAAGAAGGGAGAAUUCGAGUGACCCGUGAACUGAAAGAAAUCAGAAGAUUUCAGGAAGGAGGACUUAAGAUGGAAGUGAAAGGGAGGGGAGAGGGGAAACGAGGUGGAAAUCCCAUGAGGGUGCAAGAGGUUUGGGUUAGGUUUGGAGACGCCUAUGUAGGUGUGUGCUAUUUCCAGCCAGGGGUCGCAAACUCAGCAGGCUGCAACACAGGGGAGGCAAAUGGGGGAAGAGGGGGGAGGAGGGAACUGUGCCCACCUUAAAAGGGGCAGCUGUUACAUCAGCUCCAUGCAGAAAAAUGGGGGUGGGGAGAGGCUGGAAAUCAGGAUUUUUUUUUUUUUUUGAAAAGUGAAACUUGCUGAAUUUUAAAUAAGUUUAAGAUGUCUAAAAACACCAUGUGGUCAAGCCUGGGCCCGUUUGCGACCCCUGCCUUAUGCAGUUUGCAACCCCACGUAUGUAUAAGGUUCUAUUUUUUGUUAAGGAUAUUGUGGUGAAAUGUAUAGUUGGGAAUGUGGUAUUUCACCUCAUCUUUCUUUCUCAGAGCUAAGUUUUAUUGUAGAAACAAACCAAAAAAAAAAAAAAAAUUUAACUCGGCCACAGAUAACACCUAACUCACAAUUCCCAGAAGGGCCCUAGAUCCUGGAGCCCUUCUUUUUGAGUCAGAUCCUGCAUCUAGCCCCUUGGGGCCAGUUCUUGGCAUUGCCUUCCGGGUGAUUCGGGGUAAAUUUCUUGGCUCUGUCGGAGUUUGCAGAUGAGUAAUCUGGAAGGAUUGCCAAAUAACUCGUUUCUUUGUAAUUUAUUCUUAUAUUAAAAUUACUUUUUUCAGGAGUGGUAUCCUAGCCCGUGCCUUUACAACGAUGAUUGGGGGCUGUGAAUGCCAGAAACAGGGCUGGGGUUCUGAAUGGGGGCAGGCUUCUUGGGCUUGUGCCAUUCCCACUGUCAGAAACACCGUUCGGAUCGGACUUCGUUCCUGAACGUCUCUAUCCUUUUCUGACUUGGAGGCUCCCACCAAAAUUGACAUCCUGUCUCUAUGAAGGAAUUAACCUAAAGUGCUUCCAAAGCAUCUCAUUUAACCUCCUGGAGGAAGUCACUUUUUUCUGUCACAUGUGGCUUUUGACCUACUCACAUGAAGGAACAUGGUUACCUCCCUCUCCAGGGGUGGAGAAAAUGAACCUCGUUGACAUUUCCAGAGUCCCUCAAGAGGGAAACAAGUUCGGUGUUAUCAUCGUGGUGUUUGUUAGUUUUUUUUUUUUUUAAUCGCUUGUCUGUUACUUAGACACAGCUGUUUAUUUUUUCAUGCCUACUUAGCACCCGAUUAGUUGGCGAUAAAGCACGUAUAAAUAAGGUGGUUGAAAGUGAACCUACGAUCAUGUCCACAGAGAGACGAGACUAAAAUAUGCAGCUAAAUUAUAUAUACUGUAACCUGGUUUUUGAAGUCCAAUAUUCAGGAAUAUUUUCAGCAACUUCUGCAAAAAAAGUGCCUUAAUUCAAUUGCCUGACUUAAAACAUUCCUCCUAUUAUAUUGUUAUUUUUAAUGUGUCUUUUGACCCCAAACUGUGUAUUAGGAUGCAGUCUGGUGGCUGCAGCCCUAGCAUGAGUUUUGUUCCAAUGACAGAGACCAAAGAGUUAAUCAUAUAUGGUUCAGCUGCUACAAGUGUGUGAUUACAAGGCAUUUGAGUCACACCAGAUUGCCAUGGCCCAGUCAAGGCCUGCUAUGCGUUUUCUAUUUCAGGUUGGAGUAAAUUUGCACUUUUAAUCACAUGGGUCAUUUGGGGACCUUGUUCUUUUAUAUUUUGCUUUAUGAAUAAAGGAACUUGUAGAAA